AUGAAUAAUAUAUCUCUCAAUCUGAUGGAAAAUUCAACAAUCGCAAAUGAAGGGGAUAUCUACAAUAGAGAAGCAAUUAAGGCCAACGUUCUUUCCCUCCCAAAUGAUUUGGUGAUCAACAUCUUAGCUUCAUUGUCGAAAUCCUCUCAUUCCGAUCUUCUUAGCGCCAAAUCUGUCUGUAAGGCUCUCAAGGAAUUAAGCGACAAUGAUUUUAUAUAUCAAAUAAUGUCUUUAAAAGGUAUAGAGUUAGUUCCGUGGAACAAAGAUAAACAACAACUCCUAUUAUUGGAACGAUGUAUACAAUGUCAUAAUUCAGAAGCCUUUUACAGACAAGGAAUGGUGAACUAUUUUAGUGACAAAGGAACUCAAUAUGGAUUGGAAUAUUUACAAAAGGCGGCAAAUUAUGGACAUUUAGGAGCACUCUAUGUAACUGGAAUUAUCUCUCUUUUUGGAGAUAACGAAUCAAAUAAAAAAGGGAUUGAGAUUCUAAACCAAAAUGUUCUUAAAGGAAUAUUAUGGAAGUGUCGUAAAGAGAUGAUUCUUUUCAUAUUCAGGUUGUGGAUCAAUAUCCCAACCAUUAUGAAUAAAGUUGUGGUUUGUUGUUUAAAUCACGAGUACACCUAUCAAAAGAAAUGGAGAUUUACAUGGCCAGUUGACGAUGGUGAUGAUAACGUAGAAUGUAAGGCAUGCAAAUGCGAUAGGGAGCUUGAUUAUUUAAUGCCUUCUCUUGGAAUUGAUCGUUGA